UGAGUCUAAAGUGUACUUGUGGUGAGAAGAGGUGAGGUUUAAAAUGAUUUAUGUGAAGCAGAAGGGUGUUUACCUUGGCUUGCAAAUGGGUAUGCUGAUGAAGCAGAAGUUUCUGCAAUGCUGAGAUGGAGAAAGACAAGAGAAAGUUCAACUUGAGCCGCUUGCUGACCCUCUACUUGUCUAAAAAGAACAAAGUUUUGACUGACAGUCCUGCUCACUGCAACAGCUGUAGAUCAGCAGCUACAACAAGCCACGAUACAGACACUGUAUCUGCACCGAGGAACCACUGGACGGAUGAUGGAGAAAUCAAGGAGAUCAACAUCACCCAUGUGGUCAAAGAGGGCUCAGAGAAGGCUGAUGCCUCUCAGUUUGAGCUCCUCAAAGUCUUGGGACAAGGAUCAUUUGGAAAGGUGUUCUUGGUGCGGAAGGUAACCCCUCCUGAUGCCAACCAGCUCUACGCCAUGAAGGUCCUCAAGAAGGCCACACUCAAAGUGAGAGACCGUGUGAGAACAAAGAUGGAGAGAGACAUCCUGGCAGAUGUCAACCACCCAUUUGUUGUCAAACUGCACUAUGCAUUCCAGACUGAAGGGAAAUUGUACUUGAUCCUGGACUUUCUCAGAGGGGGCGAUCUGUUCACCAGGCUUUCUAAAGAGGUGAUGUUCACAGAGGAAGAUGUGAAGUUUUACCUUGCAGAGCUGGCAUUAGGACUGGACCACCUCCACAGCUUGGGCAUCAUUUACAGAGAUCUCAAACCUGAAAACAUUCUCCUGGAUGAGGAGGGACAUAUCAAACUCACAGAUUUUGGCUUGUGUAAAGAAGCCAUUGAUCAUGAGAAGAAAGCUUAUUCCUUCUGUGGUACUGUGGAGUACAUGGCACCGGAGGUUGUGAACAGGCAGGGACACAUCCACAGUGCUGACUGGUGGUCAUUCGGAGUACUGAUGUUUGAGAUGUUGACAGGAGCACUACCAUUUCAAGGGAAGGACCGCAAAGAAACAAUGAACUUGAUUUUGAAGGCACGUCUGGGAAUGCCUCAGUUCCUGAGUGCAGAGGCCCAGUCUCUGCUCAGGGCUUUGUUCAAGAGAAACCCUGCCAACAGACUGGGAUCUGGUGCUGACGGUGCUGAAGAGAUCAAACGGCAUGGUUUCUUCUCCACCAUAGACUGGAAUAAACUGUUCCGGAGAGAGCUAAAGCCACCAUUCAGACCAGCAGUGGCACGUCCGGAUGACACAUUCUACUUUGACUCUGAGUUCACCUCCCGCACUCCUAAAGACUCCCCUGGUGUGCCCCCCAGUGCUGGAGCUCACCAGCUCUUCAGAGGCUUCAGCUUCAUUGCAUCGACUCUUCUGGAGGAGGAAGGCUCAGUGGAGCCUGUCCAGCCCCCACCUCACCCAGUGGUCCAGCAAUUACAUGGGAAGAACCUGCUGUUCAGCGACGGCUAUGUACUGAAGGAAGACAUUGGCAUGGGCUCCUUUUCUGUCUGUAAACGAUGUAUUCACAAAGCCACCAACACAGAAUACGCUGUUAAGAUGAUUGACAAGACCAGUACAGACCCCUCUGAGGAGAUUGAGAUUCUUCUUAGAUACGGACAGCACCCCAACAUCAUAACACUGAAGGAUGUGUACGACAUCGGUAAGCAAGUGUACCUGGUGACAGAACUGAUGCGUGGAGGAGAACUGCUGGAUCGGAUCCUCAAACAGAAGUUCUUCUCAGAGAGAGAGGCCAGCGCUGUACUUCACACCAUCACCAAGACUGUAGAAUACCUGCACUCACAGGGGGUGGUGCACAGAGACCUGAAGCCCAGCAACAUUCUCUACGUUGACGAGUCGGGGAACCCAGAGUCAAUCAGGAUCUGUGACUUUGGGUUUGCAAAGCAGUUGCGUGCUAACAACGGCCUGCUGAUGACCCCAUGCUACACUGCUAACUUUGUAGCUCCUGAGGUGUUGAAGCGUCAGGGCUAUGAUGAAGGAUGUGACAUCUGGAGUCUGGGAGUCUUACUGUACACCAUGCUGGCUGGUUUUACUCCGUUCGCCAAUGGACCUGAGGACACCCCAAAUGAGAUCCUGAACAGGAUAGGACAUGGUCACUUCAGCCUCACUGGAGGCAACUGGGACACUGUGUCUGAUGCUGCCAAGGAUCUUGUGUCCAAGAUGCUUCAUGUGGACCCCCAUCAGAGACUGACUGCUAAGCAGGUCCUCAAACACCCCUGGAUUGUCCAGAGAGACAAAUUACCCAACAGCCAGCUCCCACACCAGGACCCCAAACUAGUCAAGGGUGCAAUGGCAGCCACCUACUCUGCCCUGAAGAACUCCCAACCCACUCCAGAGCUCAAGCCCAUCGAGAGCUCCUUCUUAGCCCAGAGGCGUGUCAAGAAGCUUCCCUCCACCUCCCUGUAGAGACUCAAAACAACAUAUCAGCUCACUGGAGACUAACCAAAACUGCACCUUCUGGCUCCAACCACUCAGUCAGCUUGCCAGGGGAGAGCCGCCACUACCAGCCAAGGAACACUGACUGUGGUCCUGCCCGUAUCUUGAGACAUCAGUUGUCCUGCUCUUGCUAUCAUCCUCCUUGUUCGGGCUUGUCAGUAGUCCAAUAUUAUUUGGACUAGCAAAAGAUCAUGAAGAUUGAUGGGGGCAACGAGGGCCAAAAAAAAAGGGUGCAGGUUUUUGGCAGAUGUGUUAGUGCUGGGUGAGUGUGUGAUUGUGUGUGUGUGUGUGUGUGUGUGUGUGAGGGCGUUCGUGCAUGAUCUGCCACAGAGCCGACGCAGCCAUGCUUUCGGGUUGUGACAAUGAAAGUUUUCUCUAAUCAUCAAUGCCGUAAUUGGUUGUCAUUCAGCUUGCUGCACGCCUAUCUGUCUGCCUGGUUUUGUUGUCCGUCUUCCUGUUCUUUUUGUCAAGUUGAUGAGCUUUAUAUGACCGGUUGUGCUGCCAAAUCAACCUGUGCCGACAGCACAAAACCACAGUACUGUCCAACUGCUGUUGAGUGUUUUUGAAAGAGCAUUAUUAAUAUGAAUAUGAAGCAUUUCUGCCAAAAAUGCCUCUUGGGCUUUGGUACAGCCAGAAUAUAUGGAUUCUGGGAAAUGUCAAAUGCUUAUAUUUUGGUUGAUGUCAAUCUAUGCUUGUAUUUUGUUUUACAGAGUGUGUGCGUGUGUGAGUGCGUAUGUGCCAGUUGCAUGACUUGCAGUGUGUGUGUAUGUGUGUGUGUGUGUGUGUAUGUACUGUCUUGCGGGAUGCUGCAGGGUCAUGUGCAUGGUCAGAUGUGAUGAUGUCAUGUUGCUUCCCUGUUUCUCUCCUCUCCCAUUUUCUCUGCUUGGUCAAACUGCUGGCAACCAUUUGAGAUGUCUAUUAUUUUUAUUACUACAAAAACUAGUAAAAUAGGUGGCUUUCUGUGAAAGAAACUUGCCCAAGAAACAAUGCGGCAUGUUAAAGUCUAUAUUUGCUUUGGUUUUUUUGUUUUUCUGUUGCUGUUGGGGUUUUUUCACUGUGGUUCUCAGAUAAUGCAUAUUGAAUGCUGUUUCCUGUGUUGGCUGCUUUUGUUGUUGAUUGUUUCGUUUUUUUUCUUUUUGUCCAAUGAAAGUGGUGAUUUAAAAUAGUGAAAGACACGCUGAGCACAUCGCAGUCUGUGGACUUAACGCAGUACAUGUUUCUUCUUCUGUUUUGAAAUGUAAAAGGGAGGCAGGGCUGACUGUUGUCUUUAUGGAAUUGAGCACUCCAACACAGCCUUUCUUUCCCUUAAAUUCUCUGUCAAGUCACUGGUUGUUAACAUCAAGCAGACCUCCCCUCCCCAAUGUGGAGUAUCUUCAGCAGUCUUGUAUUUAACUUUCUUCAUUCAUGAUAUUUGAAUUUCCAUCAAUUCUGUUGAUUAGCUGACCUGUUUUCAUUUUAUUUCCAACAAAUCUAAGACAUCCUAACAAAGAGUAAGGGGUCAAUGUGUCUCAUGUAAGUAGCCUCAUAGGGUAGGUCAUCCUGCUUUUAGCUUGGUGCCUAGGCCUACAGAUGAGGCAGAAUGUCUUACAUGGAAAACACAUGAUAACCAACCAAACAGCCAGAAGAUACUACACGUGUGAAAGAGAAGACCUGUGUGGCUGAAUAAUCUAUGAACCAGCUGUCUUACCUCAAAAGGGAUCAAAGUUAUAUAAUUCUUGUUUGAUGGCAACGCCCUCCCUCCUUUGACAAAAUCUAUGGUAAAAUGUUAUUGUAUGAUAAAGAUGAAGAUUUUUAUAUCUUACAAGUAUUAAAAAUUGAGUUGCUAC